CCCCCAUAAACAUAUCACAGUUCCUCUGAUAGAAUUUAAUGUAAAAGUCUAAAACCCACUCAGUCAUAUCAAUUCCCAACCAUGGCAAAUCUCAUCGUUGGUUCCAACAAAAGCUAUAGUUUACUGUUUAAAUAUUCCUCUAGUCAUUGGUUAGAUUUGAAGGGAAAAAAAGAAAGAGCCAAAAAGCCAAAAAAAAUCCGACCAAAACCGUCCUUUCUUUAACCUUGACUUCUUGUCUGUAUUUCCUCUCUCCUUUUAGGGUGCAAAUAAGUUGGCGAGCAUUUAAUAAUACCCAUCUUUUCUGUGACAAACACAAGGCAAUUCAUAGUUACUGAUAAGCUCCUCCUUAGCCCUUUGUUUGUAAACAUGAGGCCAAAGAUCUAUCUGUUUGGAGACUCUAUCACGGAGGAGUCUUUCGGUGAUGGCGGUUGGGGCGCUUCUCUUGCCAACCAUUUCUCUCGCACGGUAGAUGUGGUGCUGAGAGGGUACAGUGGAUACAAUACAAGAUGGGCGUUGAAGGUAGUUGAUAGGGUAUUUCCAGAGGCGGAAAGCUCUGGUGCGGCGGCGCCAGUUGCAGUAACGGUGUUCUUUGGAGCUAACGACGCUUGCCUUCCCGAUAGAUACGGUGCUUUCCAACACGUGCCACUUGAUGAGUACAAGCGGAAUCUCCACUCUAUCGUCGCCUCUCUCAAGAAGCGGUGGCCAAGUACUUUGAUUCUCCUAAUUACACCUCCUCCAAUUGAUGAAGUUCAACGCAUUAGAUAUCCUUACGUUGAGAAUCCAUUGGGUUUGCCGGAGAGGACAAAUGAAGCUGCCGGGGCUUUUGCCAAGGCAUGUGUUGAAACUGCUGGGGAAUGUGGAAUUUCAGUGGUAGAUCUCUGGACCAGGAUGCAGCACUAUCCUGAUUGGCGCAAUGCUUUUCUUAGGGAUGGUUUACACCUGACACAAGAAGGCAACAAGGUUGUAUUUGAGGAAGUAAUGAAGAAGCUAAAUGAGGGAGGCUUAAGCCUCAACAAUCUGGCUAUUGAUCUCCCCAUUUUAUCUGAUAUUGACCAUGUUGACCCUCUUAAGGCUUUUCAACAAUAGCUAAAAAAACAUUGCAUUGCUUAAUAUUUUAUUAUUAUUAGUUAGGAUAGGGUCUCUUUUUGGUCUUCAAGUGUUCUUAUAUGAUUGAAGUCAUUGGAAGUAUGCUACAUUUGAAGGAGAUUUUUCCCUGUAUUAUAAAAUCUUAAUUCUCAAACAAUGAUGAUUUUAUUCUUAUUUCUAAAA